AUGGUCGUGGCUGAGCACUGUGUGCGGCGACGCGCCCGUGCUGUCCUUGCACGACUGGCUGGACCAGAACCACAGCAGCUACGGAAGAAGAGACGACUCUUCCUCCACUUCCGCCACCUCGCCUGCGUCUCACCUGCUGCACAACCAUCCAGCAGCACAGCCGCUCCUCACCUCCAUCAUGGUCGCGCCAAUCCAAGAUGCCCUGUCUUUGACCAAGCUGCGGCGCGCAUGCCUUCGCUGUCUUCGCUUCCAUACAUCCUCCAGCGCGUUCUCAUUGACCUGUUCGAGUCGUGCCAGUCGCCCACACAUGUGCUGUGCCUUGGCUUUCGUCGCUCCACCGGCGGUGAUGACAAAGGAUCCAUCAAGGCUGUUCUGGAAAUACAGGCCGUGUUUUCCAACACGCUCCAUGCCACGAUCAAGAGCAAGCCGUGGCGUGCCCUGCAUGCCGCCCUCGGUGACUACACCAUCUUCUACAUCUUCCGCUACAUGUUCGUGUUCCAGCGACUCCACAACAACUGCCUCUUGCAGCUGUCUUGCCCGUCUCUCGGCCUCUCUGCGCGAUCACAAAUGCGAAUCGAAGACCCAAACGAGCAGACGACGGCGACGACGCGUCCUCCCACCAGCAGCAGCAGCAGCGCGUUUGUGCAGGCAAUGACGGCGAUGACAACAGCGACAGCUCGAUCAAAGAUGUUUUACGCAUUCAACCUCUCCGAACGCAUGCCGGCAGACCACCCAUUGCUGAAGGAUGGCAGUUGCGGCACAGGAACAGAAAUCAAGAAGUAUGUGUCGAGCGGCAACUUGGAAAAAAAGAAUGUGAGAGAACUGUAA